AUGCAUUUCCCGACGAUCGCCGCUGCGCUCCUCCUGCCCUUCGUGGCUGCGACGGACCUUACCACUAUCACCUCCACCAGCACCAGGACGCUCACCAAGACUGUCACCAUCCAGCGCGCUGCCGCGACACACACCGCGCACAACAGCACCGCGAUCCUCACCACCCCCUCGGCCACUCUCGCGCCUUCCAGCUCCAGCACCACCCCUCCAGCUUCGUCAUCCACCGGCGGCGCGUCAGGACUAGGCGCUGCCCAAGCCGCGAUGCUUGGUGUCGCUGGUCUCUUUGCCGCUGUGGCUCUUUAA